UUCUUCAAUAUUCAGAGAGAGGAAAAAAGAAGGGGAAAAAGAAGAGGAAUUAAAGAGAGGGAGAAGCGAGCCAUGGGUGAGAAAGAAGGGAAAGAAGAGAAGAAGAAGGAGAACAAGGAAGAGAAACCAAAAGAAGAGAAAAAGGAGGGGAAGGGAGGAGAGAAGAAGAAGGAAGAUGGGGCCGUUACUGUCGUUUUGAAGCUCGACAUACAUUGUGAAGGAUGCGCUCUCAAGAUCAAGAAAUCUGUGAAGAAUUUUGAAGGGGUGGACGCGGUAUCUACGGACAUGGCCAACAACAAGUUAACGGUUAUCGGCAGAGUGGAUCCUUGGACGAUUCGAGAGCGGGUUGAAACCAAAACCCGAAAGAAAGUGGAGCUCAUCUCGCCGGCCAAUGCUCCCAAAAAGGACUCAGCGCCGAAGGACGCGGAGCCGAAGAAGGCCCAGCCUGAGUCCAAGGACCAGAAGAAACCCGGUGACAAAAAGGCCAAAGAGCCUGCUGUGAGCACGGUGGUGUUGAAGAUUCGGCUGCAUUGUGACGGUUGUAUCCAGAGGAUUCGCAAGACUAUUUUGAGGAUUAAAGGUGUGGAGACUGUGAACGUAGACUCACAAAAGGACUUGGUCACGGUGAAGGGCACAAUGGAUCCUAACGGCCUCCCUCCCUACCUAAAAGGCAAGCUCAAGAGAGGGGUCGAGAUCGUCCCUCAAAAGAAAGAAUCCGCUGGCGGCGGCGGAGGCGGCGGCGGUGGCGACAAGAAGGAAAAGGGCGGCGAUGGCGGCGGUGAGAAGAAAGACAAGGGAGGUGACAGCGGUGAGAAGAAAGACAAGGGAGGUGACAAUAAGGGUAAAGAUGGUGGUGGAGAAAAGAAGGGAGCAGAGGAGGAGGGGGGCGGUGACNGUGGAGCCCCCUACCGUAUGGACAUGGUGCAUGCUCCGCAGAUGUUUAGUGAUGAGAACCCAAAUGCAUGUUCUGUAAUGUGAAAGGCGUUAUAAUGUUAGAACUUAGUAUAGAGAGAAGAGAUGUAAAUAAGGCUAUAGAUGAAAAUGUAGGGGAAGGACUAAAGAAGAGAGGUCGAUCAGAAAAAAAAUGUUUUGCCGUCUUUUGGUUUAGUUCAAACUUUUUUUGCUUUUUGUUAUGUUAGUUUGACGGAGGUCGUGGUUUAUAACUAAUUGAGAGCAGUUGGCUUUUGUUGGUUUUUUCUUUUUAA